UGGCCCGGAGGCCUGGUGCACCGUGCAGCGCGACAGUUGCGGCCUGGCUAUCGGCGCAAGGCGGUUUUGGCGCUCGAGAGUGGCACGCCAGGCGCGGGGCACGAGGCCAGAGCUGGCUCUGCAGAGUGCGGGGGGAGGGUCUGGCGGAGCCCCCAGAGGAGAGCAGGGGCAGGCAGGGGGUGCCGAGGCAAGUGAGACACUGGAGCUGAAGAAGCAUCAUGGCUGUAUUUCUAGAAGCAAAAAAUGCCCAUGCAGUCCUGAAACGGUUUCCUCGUGCCAAUGAGUUCCUGGAGGAGCUACGUCAGGGCACCAUUGAGCGGGAGUGCAUGGAAGAGAUCUGCAGUUAUGAAGAGGUCAAGGAAGUAUUUGAGAACAAAGAGAAAACGAUGGAGUUCUGGAAGGGAUACCCAAAUGCAGUCUACUCAGUCCGAGACCCCUCGCAGAGCUCGGAUGCCAUGUAUGUGGUGGUGCCCCUUCUGGGGGUAGUCUUGCUGAUUGUCAUUGCCUUGUUUAUCAUCUGGAGGUGCCAACUGCAGAAAGCAACUCGUCACCACCCCUCCUAUGCUCAGAACCGAUACCUAGCCAGUCGUGCUGGGCACAACCUUCCCCGAGUCAUGGUGUACAGAGGCACUGUGCACAGCCAGGGAGAGUCCUCUGGGCACCGUGAGGCAGGAACUAACCCACAGAUAGUUAUGGGGCCCAGCCGGGGAGGCAGAACCACUGUCAGGCUGGAGAGUACCCUCUACCUCCCUGAGCUCUCUCUCUCCAGACUAUCGAGUGCUACCCCUCCCCCUUCUUAUGAGGAGGUGACUGCACCCCAGGAGGGCAGCAGUGAGGAGGCCAGUGUUUCUUACAGUGACCCUCCCCCAAAGUAUGAAGAGAUUGUGGCAGCCAGCCCCAGUGCAGACAAGUAGCUGAGCACAGGCCAUGGCCUGUAUGAAAGCCUCUGCCAGAGGUAGCCUACUUCCUUUUGGACUUCUGAAAGACUGUGCCACCACAAAACAGCCUUAGCCUCCUUGUUGCCAAAUAAUUCCCUAAUUGUGGAUUUGUAGGAAGUCAGUUGGUAGAGACAGUUGGUGUGUGUGUGUGUGUGUGUGUGUGUGUGUGUGUGUGUGUGGUGGUCGGGGAAGGGAUAGGACAAGUGCAUGAGCCCCCUGGGAAGAACUACAGACCUGAGAGUCUAGGUCUUCCAGACCUCCCCCCUGCCACCCCACUAUCCUGCCCUCUCAUUAGGGACUGGCUUAUCUUAUGCCAAAGGAACCAUCCCAUAGCAUUGAUUGUGAUUAGAAUGACCACAGAGUCAUCCCCUGGGGGCUGUGGGUCUGUCUGGGGACCACUGUCUGUCUGGGGACCUAGGCCACAGAGAUAAGGCAGCCCUACAGUUCCUCUUUUCUCAACAGUUUUCACUUCUUCCUGUUCUCACUUAUAUUAUGAGGACAGAAAUAACGAUUGAACUAGGAACAAAACACAAGUCAUAACAAAUAAUGAACCACAGAUGAAAACAAUAGCCCCUGGACCAUCUGUACCCUCUAAAAUACAUCAAUUGAACAGACCAUGGCACAGUCUUCCUCCAACACCCAACCCUAUGCUCCUGGCCAGGGUGAAAUCUAUGUGGAGAGCAACUUGGCAAGAGAGCAGGGCAUGAGAAGGAGGGGGAAGUGGGCAGUGUGGCAGAGCUCCUUUUUUCCAGACCAAUCAAGGGGCCCACUUGAACUCUGCCAUCUUGUUUCUGAUGUGUACCAUCUGUGUUUAACCACUCCCCACUGGCAUUAGCCCAGGUAUAGCCUUGGAGUACUCUGUUGUGGGGCAACUGAUAACCCCUUCCUUCAUGAAGUCCAGGGCCUCUCCUUGGCUGUUACAGACUGGCACAGAGAGCUCAAGAUUCCUCCUUUGUGGGGUUGAUUAAUCCAUAGGAUAGUUAAGACCAUGAGCUCCACCUCCUUGGCACUGUGCUAUCUGGCUUUGAAGUUUUAGGAUUUUUUUUUUUUUUUUUUUUUGGUAAAUAGGUGCAUUGAAUUUGAACUUUAGAUUGUGAUUUCUCCUGAUGAUUCUCCCUUACAGGGAGAAGUUCCCGAAGUGUGUCUUAAAUUUUUUCUUAGUGGGGGAACCUAUGACCUGGGGUCUAAAGCCUACCUGGGGUUUGCUCUGCCAUGGCCAGGGGCUGAUCUGUUUUCAAUGAGGCUUUGGAAUACAUUGGGCAGAGGUGACUUGCUCUUUAACUGUCAAUGAUAAAGUAAAAGACACUGUUGAUACCAUCUCUACCUGCCCCAGCUGUAUUCUCCUGUCCUCUAUGCCAAAUCAUUCCUCCUCUGUGGUGCUUUAAAAUAUGUAGCACAUUUUUGUGGGGCCCAAAAAGAGUGCAUAGCGUGGGUCUGCUGGCAACUGCAGUUGUUUCCAACCCACAGAGUUGACAAGCUUCCUUCUGUCCAAACAGCCUUCCAAGGCAGACACUGAGACACAUUCCUUGAAUGCAGUUCUGCCUUGAGGCCCCAGAUGACUUCUACAGGCUGAUCCAGUGCUAGGGACAUUCCUAGGGGUGUGUUUCUAGUCAAGCUAAUGUUCUUACCCCAGUGAGGCUGCCAGCUUGGAUAACUUAACCCUGUGGCUCCCCUACCUCACUGGCCCAUUAGAGGCUGAUGGAGCUAAUGCUUGUGAAGUGCUUGAAGCACUGUGGAACCAGUGAAGUUUGCCCAUAGCAAGAUUCUUUUAGAAAUAAGUAGUAGCUGAAAGGGACUGGUUUUAGCAGAGGGUUUCCAAUGUCACUGAUGUUGAGUGUCAACAUGAGGAGUCAGUCUCUUUCCAUUUGACCGUUUUGGGGCCUUCCUCUCUCCCCAAAGUCUCUUCCCCCUUUCCCUCCAUUUUGACCUCCUUCCUCUGUCCCUUUCUGCUUUCAUUCCUUGUGUCUUCCAUUUUCCCUUUUCUUUCUUCCCAUUUUUCCUUUUAUUCUUUCACUUCAUUGGUCUUCUAGUAUUGCCUUUCUGCAUGGAGAGAUUUGGGGCUCAGAAGCGCCCUGCCUUUCUCAUGGUAGAGAUUGGGAUCAAUCUCAUCUAGACAUGUUGGAGAUUCUGGGGAAGGUGAAAGCUCUGGGGCCAGCCCAGCAUCUCCUUUUGUUGAGCUGGUGCCUGAUUGUGACCUGAGAUACAUGAAAACAGACUUACCCCAAUGUGAGUCCUCCCCCAGUUAGCAGAGAGUCAGGCAUAGGCUCCACUGACUAGGGCCCCAGAGAGUGUGUCAAGGAAUGCCCACUGCCUUUGGCUUGUGUUGAGUUUUUUUCUGUUGAGCUCCCUGGCACUAGAGGCUAGGGAUGUGUGAGUAAGAGCAGGAAACUGACUCCCAAGGCCUAUAGUGAGUGACAUGUAGCCCCCGGGGCUAAGAACUGGAUGCAGGGUGAGUGAGAAACAGCUCCUUGGAUGUGGCCUGUGGGUUCUAGGUGCUUCACAGAGCUCUUCCAGGUGACUUGUGCCAAGGCCUCUGCAAUGGUUUUCACAGCAUAGUAUUUAGUACAUAUAUAAUGGGCAUAAUUCCUUAAGGUGCACACUUGGCUUUUAUGAAUGCCCUGUACAUAACUUUUCAAACUCUGUCUUUGUAUAGACAUUGAUUUGAUAUGAUGCUAACACUUCAGUAGCCACAUUUUUGUUUAAGGCGCGUGUGCGCAUGUGUGUGUGUGCAUGUGUGUGUGUAUACAUGUGGGCACGUUGUCUUUUCUCAUUGCUUCUAUGAAAUGAUAGCUGGUGUGUGAUUCUAUUUGUCUCAAGAGAGAUCUGGUCUGAAGAGAAGUCUGUCUUCAUCUUGUGGGGCCUGAAUUCUGUGGGACCCCUCUCCCACUCACAUGUCUUUUUGGCACGGUGCCCCCUGUUUCCGCUCCUAGCUCCUAUCUUUGUAGAUGUCAGCAACUAAAGGAAAUCUGAGCACACCUGUGUGUGUGUGUGUGUGUGUGUGUGUGUGUGAGAGAGAGAGAGAGAGAGAGAGA